AUGGAUGUUGAUCUUCCACUUGAAUGGCGUAUAGCUGUAGAAACCAUUCGAAGUGAUCCUCUAAGUUAUGGUUCAGAUGGGCAAUCUGGAACUUCAAACAGCUUCGAAAAAAUUCUUGAAAAGGAAGAUUCUACUCAAUCACCACCAAUUGAACUAACACCUUUAGAACGCCAAAUUCAAAAAGCAAAUUUUGUUGCAAAUAACAUACAAAACUGUGUAGAGCAAUUAACUCUUGCUGAAAAAAAGAGAAGCGACAUUUCUUCCUAUGCAGAAUUAAUUCUUGGAGGAAGUGAAUCAUACUCUAGCCAAAUACAUUAUAUUAACACGUUUGUACAGUCAAUUGAUCUAUUUUUACCAUACUUUGAUUCGAUUGAGAAAUUAAUGCUCGAUUUCAUGCAUGGCGUUAAUAUAGACCUUGGCGCGUCAUUUGAGAAUAUAGAAUAUUGCAUGAAAUUCUUUAAGUUUAAUGAAAAUUUCAAGGAUUCGAAAAAUUACGAAAUCAAAGCUCAAUCUUUACUGAACAAGCUAGAAAGCUCGGCGAAAAGAUACAUUAAUUCAGAAUUCGAGAAGAUCACAACAUCAAAUAAUGCAACUUAUGAUGAAAUUAUUGUUGUUAUUUACAAUCAAUUUAUUUCUCAAACAGAGAGUAUCCGAAAUCUCUACAAGUUAUGUGAGAAGUCUGUUUCCUUUAGUUCUUUCUUAAAUAUUUACUCGAACACAAGAAUCAGAUUACUUGAACCAUUAUUAAAGCAAAUUCUUGAUGAUUUAGGAAAUAAUGAUCAAGCAUGUUACCGAAUUUUAGAAUUAUGCAACAAAGAGUAUGAAUUAUUCAGAAGAUUCUUCAAUGUUGAUGAAAAUUUAUACAAUCAGUCCAUAAUGAAGAUUAUUGAAUGGAUAUUUCAAAUAUUUAAUCAGUAUUUGAUAAAAAUUUCUCAGCCAAGUAUUCUCAUUAAGUUAUGCAAAAUAUUUCAAAAAUUGAUCAAAAAUGAUGACAAUAUUCAUAUGAUAACAAAAAAUCAUAUGAAAUCUACAUUAGCCACUCUUAAGGAAAGACUUGUAUUUAGACUUGAGGCUUCCGAGCUUCAAAUAAUAUCUGCAAAAGAACUCUAUGAAACAUUUUCUGACCUUUUGGAAUUGUUUCCAAGUGAAAUAUGUGAAGAUAUCAUUGCAAAUCAAUUAGAAAUGUAUAUUAAAGUUGUUUCAAACUCUGAUUAUCUUUCCAAACUGAAUCAAACAGAGAUUUCCAUUUAUUUUUUAUAUGAGAUGAAGUACUUGCAAUUAUGUUUUGAUUACGUAAACAAUAAUACUUCAAACACAGAAUAUGAAGUGGGCAUAGAGCCUUUACUAUGCUUACUAGCAAACUAUCUUCAUGUUCAAGCACAAAACAUUUCUCCCAACCCCAAAAAAGUGUUUUUAUCAAAUUUCUUUUCAAUGAAAAGUAAAACUAAAACACGUGAUUGUUCAACAAUUUUGGCUGAUCUCAGCUCCCAGAUAUGCAAGAAAUUGAAACUUGAAAAAGAAAAUGUUACUUCCAUUUCAGAGAUCAAGAUCGAAUGCCCUUCAUUACCUCCUGAAAUAUUCAAAGACCCGAAUUUUAUUACAUAUCUUGAUUCAAUCAUAAAUACUUAUUAA